AUGGAGACUAGAAUAUCGCAUAAUAUAAUUUAUCAUGAACCUGAAAAUUUGACUAACCAUCUUCUUAAUGAUUAUGUCCAUACUGAUCUGAAAAGGAAAUCUAACUUCAGUCCCACCCUUAAAAAUAACACUCAUCUAGAAUUGUUUAAGGAAUACAUACUGGAAGAUUUAGAGAGACUCCCUACAACGUCCCAUUUUAAAAAUUAUAAUCUUAACUUUAAUGAGAUGAAAGCACUGAAAGCCCUCAAAAACAAUUCCAGCCUCGUGAUACGCCAGGCUGAUAAGGGCGGAGGCAUUGUUUUACAGGACUUGUCAGAUUAUUUACAUACUGACCCUACUGAGAAAUACCUCAAAAUUCUAACAGGAAAUAUAUGUAUACGACUAGCUGUUAACAAUGUCAUUAUAUGGCUUAGUUUAAUGCUGAAACAUGUGCCUUUAUUUUCUAUCUUACAGAUCAGUCAUUUUUCAACCAGUCCCCUCCUUAGUGACAGAAGACGGUUUCCAUCCUUUUUCAGGACUGUUCCCAGUGAUGCAUUCCAGUCUCUAGGGCUGGCUAGGUUGGUGCUGCACUUUGGUUGGACUUGGGUGGGCCUAUUGGCUGUAGACAAUGACUAUGGUCAGCAGGGAAUACAACUUGUCAGACAAGAAAUAAUCAAGGCUGGUGCAUGUGUAGCUUUUGCUGAGAACAUUCUAAUGAGUCAAUCCAAUCGUAAUGCUCCAUAUAUUGUAAAAAUCAUCAAGGAGUCAAAUGUCAAAACAAUUGUUGUGUUUUCAACAGCUAUUGACUUGCUUCCUAUUCUUCAGGAAAUGUUGAUACAAAAUGUAACUGGAAGAACAUUGAUUGCCAGUGAAGCCUGGUCCACAUCUACUCUUUUCUCAAUGAAGAAGUAUUCAGUUCUUCUUUCUGGCACUGUCGGUUUAGCUCUUCACAGCGGAUCAAUAAAAGGUUUUCAAAAGUUCUUAAACAAACUCCACCCAUCCACUUCUCUUGGAGGACACUGGGCAAAGCUAUUUUGGGAGCAAACGUUUAACUGUCAAUUUCUGGUCCAAGAAAAUGUCACAGGUUCCUUCGAAAUUCAAGUAAAACAGUGCACAGGAGAAGAAAGUCUGGAAACCAUUCAGAACAGUUAUACUGAUAUCUCAAGCUUAAGAGAGACUUAUAAUGUCUACACAGCUGUGAAUGUAGUGGCUAAAGCUAUGGACAGUUUAAAAAACUGUAAGAAUGGAAAUAGUCCAUUUUCUAAAGGAAAGUGUGCAAACAUAUGGGAUUUCAAGCCUUGGCAGCUGUUACACUAUGUGCAAAGGGUUAAGAUCAUGCUGAGUGAUGGAAGGGAGCUUUCAUUUGAUGAAAAUGGGGACCCACCUGCUGUUUAUGACAUAGUGAAUUGGCAGCUGACCCCAGGUGGCAUAAUAAAGCAUGUUAAGGUGGGCAAAUAUGACACCGCAUCACCACUUGGACAAGAUUUCAUCAUCAACACCAGCGCCAUGUUGUGGGCUACUGGAAACCAACAGGUUCCCGUUUCCAUCUGCAGUCCAAGCUGCCCCAUAGGAUACCGAAAAGCAGCUAUAAGAGGGGAACCUGUCUGCUGCUUUGACUGUGUCCCUUGUCCCCAUGGAGAGAUCUCUAAUCAAACAGCUGCAGUUGACUGCUUUAAAUGUCCAUUGGACAAGUGGCCAAAUUUUCAGAAGUCCGAAUGCAUCCCAAAGAUCAUUGAGUAUCUCUCCUAUGAAGAACCAUUAGGAGCAGCACUGGCAGCUACAAGCAUUAUCUCUUCCUUGGUUCCUAUUAUAAUCUUGAAAUAUUUUAUCCAGUAUAAAUCAAGCCCUGUUGUGAAAGCCAGCAACUACUCCUUAAGUUGUCUUCUCCUUGUAUUUCUUUCCCUCUGUUUUCUUUGUUCUUUGGCAUUUAUUGGUUACCCCCAAAAACAAAAGUGUCUUCUCCGCCAAGUUGCAUUUGGCAUGACCUUCACUCUCUGUAUUUCUUGCCUCUUGGCCAAAACCAUUAUGGUGGUUCUUGCCUUCAUGGCCAGCAAACCAGGAACAAGUCUAAGAAAACUGACUAAACCCAAAGUAUCUUAUAAUGUUAUCUUUUUUUGCUCUUUUAUACAGUUCAUCGUAUGUAUUUUAUGGGUGUCCUUCUCCCCUCCUUUCCCAGAUCAUAAAAUCCAAACACAAUCUGGAAUUAUUUUCCUUGAAUGUAAUGAGGGUUCACCUUCAGCUUUCUGGAGUAUGCUGGGUUAUCUGGGCUUCCUGGCCACUUUAAGCUUUAUUGUUGCCUUUUUUGCCAGGAGGCUCCCUGACAGUUUUAAUGAAGCACGGUACAUCACUUUUAGUAUGUUGGCUUUUCUUACUGUUUGGGUCUCCUAUAUACCAGCAUCUCUCAGUGCUCGUGGAAAGUACACAGUGGCUAUGGAGGUGUUUGCCAUUCAGUCUUCCAGCUGGGCCCUGUUAAUCUGUAUUUUUGUGCCAAAAAGCUUCAUCUUAUUGCUCAGACCAAACAUGAAUAGUAGAGAAUAUAUAAUGAGAAAAAACAGAAUUGGCAAAGAUUGA